AUGUCAGAUCCUGCCAGUUACACAGUGGGCUGGAUUUGCGCGUUACCGGUAGAAUAUCUUGCCGCGCAGGAGUUUCUCGAUGAAGAGCACGCAAAGCCGAGCUUUGUCUCGCCAAAUUAUACCAAUGACUAUGCGCUGGGUAGAAUAGGCGAUCAUAAUGUCGUUAUUGCAGUCUUGCCAAAUGGUGAAUACGGAACAGCCUCUGCGGCUAAUGUGGCGACGAACAUGUUGAAUAGUUUCCAUAACAUCAGGAUUGGACUUAUGGUCGGCAUUGGUGGAGGCGUGCCAAGCAAGAGCCAUGAUAUUCGAUGGGGCGAUAUUGUCGUUAGUGCGCCUAGUGGAGAUAAAAGUGGUGUUUUUCAAUAUGAUUUUGGAAAGUCCAUUCAAGACAUGAGUUUUCAGCAUACGAGAUUGUUCUUUGCUAACAUUACUCGUGGCUCCACUAGCUGUGAUAUAUGUGCGGAUAGUCCAUCUAAGUUAGUACUGCGAAGCGAGCGUACCGACGAGGAUGAUAAUCCUGCCAUUCACUAUGCCUGGUUGCUUCUGAAUAAAGAUUGGCAGGGCUAUGCAGCAAUGGUAGCAGCUGCAUAUGCAAAGGAUCUACUUCAUCAGAUCGCUCCCAACAGGAUUGAAGCCGAAGAGAGGAUUGGCGCUGUUGUCUUUGGUUAG